GGUGAAAGAGCCUGGUUCCCCACCUUUUGGGGAAUAUGUUUGGAAAUAAUGUCAAUCACCAGUUCAUAGAGAGCCUUGUAUACUAAGCAAAGAAGUUUGAACUUGAUCCAUAGACCAUGGACACCCACUGGAGGGUUUAAACACUGGAUAAAGAUGGAUAGGUUUGAAGUUUUUAAAGCUUAUUUGCAUGAUAACAUCAAAUAAAUGUUGUAGGAAAUUCUUAUUCUCUAACAGGCAAUGAGUGGUAAUGUGAUGAAUCAGAGAGGGAGAGGGGGAAUCUCCAUUAGGAUGUAAGCCAUGCUUGAGACAAUGCGAUUAUCAUUUAGGUACAGCAGCCAUUCUAGACAAAAAGAUUGGAUAUGAGUGCAAUCUGUUUUUUGGGGUUUUUUUUUCAAUCCCAUAACUCUAACUUUCCUGUAAUUUUUCUUUUAUCACAUCUUUCCCACAUGCUGAUGGCUUUUAAUGAAGCAUUUGGUCUUUAAGGAUGACAACAUAAAACCAAUAGCCAGGAAUUUUUAUCGGAAGCUAACAGUUGAGCAAAUGACAAGAAGACAGGUAUAUAGCAGCUUUAUCAUUCUCCAGAAGAAUAUUCUGCAAAUUAAUUGUAUUUAGAACUAGGAUUAAACAAAGAGCUGGGGAAAACAAAACAGCAGACACAUUCAUCCUGAGUCAUUGUUUCUGAAACAGGAGGUAAUCGCAAAGUGAAAAGUAAGAUGGAUGGCAGAUGGCUGUGAAGUCAACGGGAUGUGAAGGACUGACAGCCAGCUCCAUCCAGACUCUCCAGCUGGUUCAAGGAUGAGUGCAACAGGCCUGGUCCUACUGGGGCUUGCUCUGAGGUUUAUGGCCACUCCUGCUAAGCCAGAGGAGGGCAGCGUUUGCUCUAAGAGCAAAGUGGCUUUUAGAGAUUCUUGCUAUUAAUUUCUGCCUUUUGGCCGCUCUUUCUAUGGUGUCCAGAACUGGUGUGAGGAGCAAGGAGGCCAUUUGGUCUUUAUUCAUGAUGAAGGCACCCAGCAGCUUCUGCAGAAGUACGUCGCUGAGGACAGAGAAUGGUGAAUUGGACUCACAGGGAACUCAGCUCAGAAUGGAACUGCAUAAGGACCGGGGAUCUGGCUGGACAAGUCAAACUAUAGCCACUGGCAUGGAGGGCAGGCCUCUCCUGCUCCCGACACCUGUGGCUACAUCGGGAGAGACCCUUCUGCCAGGUGGGCUGCCUCAGACAACUGCUCACAGCUGUUCGCCUUCAUCUGCGAGUUUGGUGUCAGCUAGAGUCUGGCCUGCAAGGAUCACAAUGCCACCAUGCAUUGUGGCUUGGGGGAAAUCAUUCAGAUUCAGGAUGCUUUCUACGGGGCGGCAGACCCUGGAAGCCCCUUGGACCUGGAAGAGGAAUGCAGCUGGGUCAGUGUCAAGGACGAAGCUGCAGAAACAAAGAUUAUGCUGGACAAAUUAGCCCAGAGCUGUGUGAAGACCCAGCAAAUUCUUCCCUUCACCCCAUCCUCUAUGCCAACUUUGGAAGCUCAAGGUUUUGGUCCAAUGAGUUUCAUCUUUGAUAAUGUCACCAUCUCCCUGAUGUGGCUCCUCUCUCCCUACAAUAUCAUUAUCACAGGGAAUGGCCACACUUUUGAUCCCUAUAACCCUCCCAGUUUGUCCAGCCAAGUGAUCCAUCAAUUCACAUCACCUGGGGAAUUCACUGUGUUUGCUGAGUGUACAACUAGUGAGUGGCAUGUGACAGCUCAGAAGCAAGUGACAAUUCAAGACAAGAUGAAGAGUCUCAGUGUGACUGGGUGCUCUGGCUUGUCCAAAUAAGGAGCCAGCCCUCUCUGCCAGGUUGUCUUUGGGGAUACUAUGUGGAUUCAGGUAGAGCUCAAUGGAGGUGAAACUAUGACUUAUACUGUGCUAUCAGAUAAGAUAACCCUGGCUGAGUUUACCACACAGCGGGCCCUGCUUCCCUACAACCUCACCCUGGACAGAGCAGACCAGCAGGAGAUGGGCCCAGGGGUGCACCACUUGGAGAUCCGAGCCACCAGCAACACCAUCACCUCUGCACCCUCCACAAACAUCACAGUCCACUUCAUGAUACCUCUGCCAGGGCAGGCCUCCUGGGCUUCUGAGGCCAUUUGACAGGAACUACUGGUCAACAUCUCAGUGGCUCAUGGCAUCCCAGAAAAGCUGACCUUUGAGGUAGCAGGACUCAAUGCAUCCUUCUCCCAUGAGGAAGAGAGCCUUGGGCAGCCAACUUGGAUUUACCAUGUAACAGUUCCUCUUGAAGUGCAGAUGAGGACACUGAGCUGUUACCUCUAUAAAGCAGACAGCCAGCACAGAGAACUAGACCCAAAGAGAGCUUCUGUGAAGAGGAGUGAAGCGAUCUCCGAUGGCCUGAUAAUAAAACUCAAAACCUCUUGCCUUGGCACCUUAAACCCCAGCUGGUAUUUAGAUGACACUCCACUAGAGAAGGCUGAGCCCCUCCCGGCAGCCUGUAGACUCCGAGAAUUUUGGCUGAGAUCUUUAAUCCUCCUCCAGGGCAACACCUCCACCCUGCUGCUCAACAGCUCCUUGCUGCAGGCCUGGGGCCAGGCCAGCGGCAUCCGAGUCACAGGUGGGAAGGCCUCCCUCAGUCUCUUGUCAUGGAUUCAGGUCAGAGAGCAUGUGCUGGGGUCGCUGUCUGCAAUCACCACCACCCUGGGGGACAUGCAGAGGGUGCAGGGGCUGGUCAAGGUGCUGAGAGAGGUGUCCCAUCGCAGUGAGGAGCUCAUGCCCUUGGCCCAGAUCCUGAGCCCAGAAGACCUGCACUUUGGAGAAGGUGUCUACUAUCUGACUGUGAUCCCCAAGUCUGACCUGGAGCUGACCCCUAGCAGAGACCUCACAGUUGGCAUCAACACAUUCCUUUCCCAUUGUGUGCUUUAGGAUGACAUCCAGGAAACUUUGGAUAAUUCUGGGUGCCAGGUGGGGCCAUGAACCAUGGGCUCCCAAACACACUGCCUCUGCAGCCAUCUUACCUUCUUUGGAAGCACAUUCUUGGUGAUGCCCAAUGCCAUUGAUGUCUGCCAGACCAGAGAGCUCUUUGGCACUUUUGAAAACAAUCCAGUCAUUGUCACCACUGUGGGCUGUCUCUUCGUGGCCCACAUGCUGGUGGCGAUCUGGGCAAGGAGGAAGGAUGCUCAGGAUCAGGCCAAGGUGAGAUUGUAUGGUCCUGGGGAAUGGGAGGGAGAAGCAGACCUUGUCCUCAAAAGUGUGGGUCCUUUCUCCAGGUACGUGAGCUGGGUGUUGGUGCAUGACCUGGCGAUGGGCAGAAAGUGGUAUUUCCUCUGCAACUCGUGGCUGUCCAUCGAUGUUGCAGACUGUGUCCUUGACAAAGUAUUUCCAGUGGCCACAGAGCAGGACAGGAAACAAUUCAGCCACCUGUUCUUCAUGAAGACCUCCCUGGGCUUCCAGGACAGACACGUUUGGUAUUCCAUCCUCAGCUGCUCAGCUCGGAGAAACUUCACCCACGUCCAGAGGGUGUCCUGCUGCUUUCUGCUCCUCUGCACCAUGCUGACCAGCAUCAUGUUUUGGGGUGUUUCCAAGGACCUAGCUGAGCAAAAAGUGGAUUUGGGUAAAAUUGAAUUCACUUGGCAAGAAGUGAUGAUUGGGCUGGAGAGCUCUCUCCUCAUGUUCCCCAUCAACCUCCUGAUUGUUCAGAUCUUUCAAAACAUCCGACCUCGGAUCACUAAGGAGCGGAACUUGAUGGGGUUUGCUGCCUUCUUUGCGCUGGCCUUAGAGAGCAUGGAGGAAGAGGAGGAACCUAUGGCCUCUCUCCCGGAACACUUGUCCAGCCUAGGUAAUGACCCCUCUGCCCUGUUCCAAGUACGAAGAAACAGCAGAAAGGAUAUCUACCAGCCACCUCUGGCUGCCAACAUUGAGAAGAAGAAAACCACCUACCUCAAGGAACAGAAAGUGUUUGCUCUAAUCAGAGAAAUCUUGGGUAGGCAGCCAAGAUUACCCAUGAGCAAUAUUUCCACUUGGUUGGUUCUCAACACAGUCUUGAAAAGGAACUUUGCAACCUCUGAUGAGCCCCACACUGCACCUUGGACAUUUUUCCAAGAUUUUAGCUCACUCCAGCUUCUGCCCGACACUUAA